AUGGAUUUUAUAGAGGAAGAUGAAAUAGGAUAACUCUGUUUGACUAAGCAAUUUUCAAAGGAAGUUAGUUUGGAUUCGUUUGAAAUGAAUUGUGUAAUAGGGAAGGGACAAUAUGCCAAAGUUCUAUUAGUGAGAAAGAAGGAUACUAAACAUCUUUAUGCAUUAAAAGUGCUCAAGAAAUCGGGCUUAAAACAAGAUGCACGAAUUGAGCGCAACAUUAUGGUUUGGCUUAUCUAAUUAAGAUUGAAAUUUAACACCCAUUCAUCAUAAAAUUAGUGUACGCGUUCCAAACUGCUAGCCAUUUGUAUUUUUGCAUGGAGUAUUGUCCAGGUGGAGAAAUGUAUUAUCUUUUGAGC